GGUCUCGUGUGUCGCGCUGGCGCGGCGUGCGCGCAGGAGCGGACAUAAUUUGCUGAUGGAUUCAAAGCCUUCAUCUCAAGCUCAUCAGGGCCAAGGAACUACACCCAACAAUGGAAGUCAACAGACUGCUUCCAAUCAAAAGCAGGCAAAUCUGCACUGUGAGGUGUGCGCCAAGGACUUCAAUAGGAGCAUCGAACUGAAUUCUCACUUGGCUGGAGCCAAACAUGCCAAGGCAGUGAAAUCGCGACAGAUCCUAUCUGAUCUGAAAGAGAAGAUCCCGGCAGCUACCGGAAUCAACAGCAUGUUCCGCUGCGCCCUGUGCGAUAUCACGCUCAAUUCUUCACAACAGCUGGCCAUGCAUCUCAGCGGAAGCCGACACAAGAUGAACGAGAAGACCAAGCGGUGCGGCAGUGCCAUCGUGCUGGCUGACCGGCAGCCGGUAGCAGUUGGUGUCGGCACGGGCAGUCAGCCGUCCGCUGCCGCGGGCCCGAUCGUGGCCACUUCUGCCAAACCCGCUGCCGUCGCUCCCUCAGCCUUGGCCUCCGACACCGGAGCCACCCCCGCCGCUGGAGCCACGGCCCCCGCCGCUAGAGCUACAACCCCCGCCGCUGGAGCUACACCAGUCUCUAGGACCGCCCCCGCCGCUGGGACAGCUGCUGCAGCCGCUGCAGCAAAACCGAAAACCGCCGUCGACAGCAAGCCCGCCAAGCCGCCCGUGCAGACCUUCAAGUGCGUCGCGUGCAAUGUGGACCUCAACUCGGAGAGCCAGCGCGACCAGCACAUGAACUCGAAGAAGCACGCCAACAAGAUUGCCGGCAACAAAGUGUCCCACAGUCGCGGCUUCGGGGAAGGGUUUCGCGGCCGGGGCACGCCGUACUCCACUCGUGACAGGGGCGGCCGCGGCCGCGGCAGGGGCACCAGUGGCGGACCCGGCGGCGGCUUUACCAGCGGCGGUCUGCUCAAGAGUGCUGGGUACAACAGCGGUGGGUAUAACAACGAUGGGUACACCAGCGGUGGGUACAACAGCGGUGGGUACACCAGCGGCGGCGCCGGUACCGCCAGCGCCAGUUUCGGUGCCGGCAGCCUCAAAGGCAGCGGCUACACGAACAGCAGCUUGGCCGGCGGCAGUCUCAACAGCGUCAGCUUGAGCAGCGGUCUGAGCACCAGCAACAGCGGCUUGACCACCGGCGGCCUCUCCGGCGGCGGCCUGGCGCGGGGCAUCGGCCGCGGCCGGGCCAGCUGGCUUGGUAAGGGCGGGGGGACCGACUGGAUCGGUAACGGAGGCGGCUACACGCCGGCCAGCGGCGGCGACCCCGGCUACAGCGGCGGCUACACGCCGGCCAGCGGCGGCUACACGCCGGCCAGCGGCGGCGACCCCGGCUACAGCGGCGCGGCGCUGGGCAGCACUGGCGACUACAGCGCCAGCGCCGGCGGCUACAGCGGCGCUGCGGCCGGCUACAGCGGCGCGGCGGCCGGCUUCAGCGCCAGCGCCGGUCUCGAGAUGGGCGACCAGGGAGACUUUAACAUGCCAGAGGCCGGCCAGUUCAGUAACGCGACCUAUCACAACGCCAGCGGUGGAGGAGGGGGUGACUAUUCCUCUCCGGUCGGCCCCGUGUUCCGGGGGCGCGGCGGCCAGGCGCACGCGGCUCUGCCCUACAGCCGGCCGCCGCCGCCGCUGCCAACGCAGCCGCCGCCGCAGCAGCCGCCCCCUCCCCCGCCUGUGUUCCAGUGAACGGAGGGGCGCCGCGGGCCGGGCGGGUAGCGGACGGCAGGGCGGGCCGCUGUCGUCUUGCAGUGUACCCACAGUGAUGUUAUGCUGCCAACAUCGUCCCUGAUAUUGUCACAUUGGCGCUAUGGGCGUGGCAAUAUCAGAUUUUGUCACACGGGUGAGAUAUCUGUGUGACGGUAAGAUUUCUGAGUGACAGAUGCCGGCCGGCGGAUAAGAUGGGUAUUAUUUGCUUCAGUUUGUUUCAAAUGCGGAUUUCCAUCUCAUUUGUUGGUUCAGAAGACAAUGGGUAACCCGUUGAGCAUUGUAUGUCGUCACGAGGUCAUCAAAACUUGCAUCCCAAGAUAGCGACUGAUGUGUGAAGUUGUCGCGAUUUCGUGUGAUCUACCAUCUGCCAUACGGUCUGGUCGCCGAGCUAUCCUGACUUGUCGUUCCGAGCCGAGGUGAUUAGUCCAUCAGGGUACAAUCGGAAGUCCCGCCAACCUGUGUUUUCCGACGAAGCAGGUCUGUUCCAAUGCCGCGCGGAUGUUCCAUCUGGUGGUGUGUGACAAGUACGAGUAUGAUAGCAGUUGCAGCCGCCGAGCGGGAUGUAUGUACAACGUAGGGUAGUGGCAUUAUGUUCAGCCCCAUUGUCACUUUUCACUGUCAUCCUCUGGUUCAAUACAGAAUCGGAGCGAA